AUCGUUUUUUCCCCAAAAAGAAAAACCUCUUCGUUUAAAUUUAAGGAAUGGUAAACCCUAGUUCCUUGUCCAUUCGGCGGCAGGUCUAGGGUUAAUUAGGGCUUCAGCAAUCGGAGUUUCUUUGUGUUAUUUAUCUCUCUACCCUCACUGCAUCUGUCGAUACAUCCUCUAUUCGCAUUGCAAUGGGUAGGAGAGUGAAGAAUCAGAAAGCAACCAAGGCCCAUCACGAUGACGAAAUUGAAGAUGAAGAACGUGGAGGCGCACCCAAGCUAUCAAGCUUUGUUGUUAUACCGGACAGUAGCGACGAUGAAGAGGCUAACGAAGAUUUGAGCCUUAAAAUUGUAGAGAAAGCGAGGUCACGAGCGAAAGCCAAUAACGACGUCGUUCCUUCUGCCGCAUUGGAUGGAGGAGACGUUUCUUUGUCAAAAACCCAAGAUUCAGAUGAUACGGGUAACAAAAAGCUGAAGUCUGUGAAAAAGAUUAAGGUAGCGAAGAAGAUUAAGGUAGCGAAGAAGAUUAAGAAGCAAAAGAAGACGGAAGAGCCGGCAGAACUUGUGGAUCUGAAAAGGGAUGAAGAGAAGGACACAUUGCAAAAUGUGGAGAAUGUGGAGAAUCUGGAGAUUACUAAAUUGGUGGAGACAAGCCCAAUUGAGAUACCUGAUAAUGAUGUUCUAAAGAAGCUUCUUCGAGGACCAAGAUACUUUGAUCCUCAAGAUGGUGGAUGGAAUACAUGCUACAAUUGUGGGGAAGAGGGGCAUAAAACUGUGAACUGUACCCUAGCAAGGCGAAGGAAGCCAUGCUUUGUUUGUGGGAGUUUGGAGCAUAAUGCAAAGCAAUGCUCAAAGGGACAUGACUGUUUUAUCUGCAACAAGGAAGGUCAUCGUGCUAAAGCAUGUCCAGAAAAAUACAAGGAAAAGAAACUUAAUGAUUCUCAGAUAUGCUUAAAAUGUGGAGGUCCUGGCCAUGAUAUGUUCUCAUGCAAAACUAGUUAUUCUGCUGAUGAUUUGAAGGAAAUUUCGUGCUAUAUUUGCAAGAGUUUUGGACACCUCUGUUGUGCUGAUUUUGUUGAUCCAGGUCCAAGUGUACUUUCUUGUUAUAGGUGUGGGGAGACAGGCCACAAUGGCUUGGAAUGUGGAAGAUCACGUGGUGGAUCUAACACUGCUGCUGCGUCAUGCUAUAAAUGUGGUGAAGGAGGACAUUUUGCACGAGAAUGUCAAAGUUCAUCAAUAAAGGAAUCUGGAAGAUCACAUGGUGAAUCUAACACUGCUAUGUCAUGCUAUAAGUGUGGUGAAAAGGGACAUUUUGCACGGGAAUGUCAAAGUUCAUCAAUAAAGGAAUAUGGAAGAUCACAUGUUGAAAAAGGACAUUUUUCACGGGAAUAUCAAAGUCCAUCAGUAAAGACAUGGAAUAACAAGCAUGAAUCUGCAACUCCCGCUAGAAAAGUGCGCAAACUAAAUAGAGACUACGAAGGAUAUAAAUCUGUGCCCCUAGAUUUUGGUAAGUCUCAUAAAAGGAAAAUAUCCCAAUAUGAUGAAGGUUAUUCUACGCCAUCUGUCUCAAUGAAUAGAGGUCGUUGGAAUCCUGAACGUCAUCAUGGAGACAUGCCUGAGAGAAAUGGGUGGAGAUCACCUACGACGCCAACUACUUAUGAAAAUAACUAUUAUGGUUCUGCUGGAAAUUCUUCUUAUACCCCUAGCUAUUACAAUAAUAAUGCACAUCAAUAUGGAAAUUCUACUUCAAAUGGAUCAAAUAGAUAUUAUCAGCAUGAUUAUUCAACUCAUAGAUACAACAAUUCUGGUCGUAGUGACUAUGGAAGAAGUAAUGGGUGGUAACUUAAAAUCUUUUGGUAUGUUGUUGAAAGAAAAUGGAUUAUUUACUUGAGGAGCCCAAGUCGGAACUGUAAAGUGCCCUGGUCAAAACUCCCCCGUUGUUGUACAUUCACAAUAGAAGGGAUGUGCUAAACCAAGCUUCCUAUUUCGUCGAGAACUUGCUUUAUAUAUUUCUUUUAUUUUCUUUUUGAAAAAGAAUGCAACUUCUAAAACCAUUUUUGACAAUUACAUUGUUGGUUUAUAUGUUUUAAACUUUAUUAAUUCAUUAUGUCUUUUGACAGUGUGCUAGAAGUAUCCUUGAACUAAUAGAAUUUUUUGUGACAUUUUUUAUUAUGUUUAUUGAAUAACUUGCAUCC